GUGUAGAGACUCUCGAGUCAACCAGUUCUCAGCGAGACGAUGAAUUCAAAGGAGGGAGAUUAGGGAACCCUUGAGAGAGAAAUCAUAAUCUCCAAAUCCAGUUCCAUCUUCAUUUGUUUCUUCUCCUUUUUCUAGGUUUUUUGUGCGCGGCGAGUCAUCGUUAAAUCAUGUCUUGGCUCCCUGUAGAAUCUGAUCCUGGUGUUUUCACUGAGAUUAUACAACAAAUGCAAGUGAAAGGAGUGCAAGUUGAGGAAUUGUAUGAUUUGGACAUUAACUCUCUGGAUGAAAUCAGACCUGUAUAUGGAUUGAUAUUGCUUUACAAGUGGCGUCCGGAGGAAAAAGAGAAUCGUUCCGUAAUCACGGAACCAAACCCCAAUUUCUUCUUUGCUAGCCAGAUAAUCAACAAUGCUUGUGCUACACAAGCGAUAUUAUCCGUCCUCAUGAACUCUUCGAGUAUCGAAAUUGGUACGGAGCUAUCAGAACUGAAAGCAUUCGCCAAGGACUUUCCACCUGAGCUGAAAGGUUUAGCCAUCACCAACAACGAAGCAAUACGUGCAGCUCACAACACAUUUGCCAGGCCUGACUCAUCUUCCACCACCACGGAAGAGGAAGAGUUAGCUGCUGCGAAAAACGAAGACGAAGUUGAUGAUGUGUAUCAUUACAUCAGCUACUUACCCGUCGAUGGUAUCUUAUAUGAGCUCGAUGGUCUUAAAGAAGGACCUAUUAGUCUUGGACAAUGUCUCGGUGAGCCAGAAGGAAUCGAAUGGCUCAAAAUGGUCCAACCUGUGGUCCAAGAGCGGAUUGACCGGUAUUUGCAGAACGAGGUUCGGUUUAGUCUCUUAGCUGUGGUUAAGAACAGGAAAGAGAUGUAUCGAGCUGAGUUGAAAGAGUAUCAAAUAAAGCGGGAGAGGAUUUUGCAGCAGGUAGGUACUUUGCAAGCUGAUAAAUACGCCGAGAAAAGCAGCUACGAGGCUCUGGAUAAAUCUCUUUCGGAAGUCAAUAUCGGGAUCGAGACUGUUUCUCAGAAGAUUGUAAUGGAGGAAGAGAAGUCUAAGAACUGGAAGAAAGAGAACAUCAGAAGGAAACACAACUAUGUCCCUUUCCUCUUCAAUUUCCUCAAGAUUCUUGCAGAUAAAAAGAAGCUCAAGCCUCUCAUUGACAAGGCUAGACGUAGCACCUAAAUCCGCUUUUCCCGGAUAUUUAUUAACUCAUGGCCGCAUAACUAUAUGUAUGACGUUUGAUUUGUAUUGAGUCUGAGGAUUUUUGUAGAAUCAAAUCUCUUACUUAA